AUGGCGCUAACAUGGAGGUCCUUCGACUUCUUCGACGCGGCCCCGAUCCAACUGUCCGACGACGAUGACACGCGCGCGGCCUUCCGCGACGGCGCCGCCGCCGUCGCCUCCGUCUGCUCCGGCUCCGACAGCCUCUUCCUCGGCGGCUUCGACGGCUCCGUGCGCAUCGUCACCGGCCCGCCCGCCUGGCGCGUCGUGCGCGCCUUCCAGGCCCACGACGGCGGGGCCAGCGUGACGCACAUGCGCCAGGUCGAGGGGACGAGUUUGUUGGUUACUGUCGCGGAAGAGCCGGGCGGCGGCGAGGCCGGGAUUCAGCAGCCCGUGCUGAAGGUGUGGGCGUUGGAUAAGCCGGUCAAGAAGACGGGCAUGCCGACUUGCUUGAGCACGGUGGCGGUGAACAAUGGGAAGAAGCCGUUUCCGAUAUCGGCCUUUGCCGCGACAGACGACCUGUCGCAGAUCGCCGUCGGGUUUGCCAACGGCGCGGUGACCGUCAUCCGCGGCGACUUGAUCCACGAUCUGGGCACGAAACAGCGGAUCAUCUACGAAUCGGACGAGCCGAUCACCGGGGUGGAGCUGCACGUCGAAGGAACUCUGACGACGCUGUUUGUUGCGACGACCUCGCGAAUCUUGAAGCUGGUCAUCUCGGGGAAGGGGCAUGGCCAGCCGCCAAAGACGGUCGAGGACACAGGCUGUGGUGUUGGGUGCAUGGCCGUGGACAGAAAGACAGGGCAGAUCGUCGUCGGCCGGGAGGACGCAAUCUACUACUACACGCUCGACGGCAGGGGCCCGCCGACCGCCUACGAGGCGCCGAAGAAGCUGAUUGCCGUGUACCAGGACUACAUCGCUUUGGUGUCGCCGCCCACGCCGGCCGGCGAGACCGACCCGAUGCGGACCCGCUUCUGGGGUGCGGCGGCCGACAGCAUCUACACCUUUACCUUGAUCCACCCGGAGCUCAGGCUCAUUGCUCACAGCGAAACUGUCCUCUCGGACGUGAAGCACAUCUUCCAGUUGUGGGGCGACCUCUACAUCCUCACGCAGGAAGGCAAGAUCUUCCGCUAUCACGAGAAAUCCCUCCAGCAGAGACUGGAGAUGAUGUACCAGCGCAACCUCUAUACGCUGGCGGUUGACCUCGCCCAGAAGAGCGGCAUGGACGGGCAGCAGCAAAACGUCAUCUACCGCAAGUACGGCGACUACCUCUACCAAAAGGGAGACUACGACGGGGCCAUGACGCAGUACAUCAAGGCCAUCGACAGCACGGAGCCUUCCCAGGUCAUCAGGAAGUUCUUGGAUACGCAGAGGAUACACAACCUCAUCGAGUACCUGGAGGAGCUUCACGAGCACCACAAGGCAACCUCGGACCACACGACGCUUCUUCUGAACUGCUAUGCAAAGCUGAAGGAUAUUGAUAAACUGGAAAAGUUCAUCAAGUCGCCAGGAGACCUCAAGUUCGACUUGGACACUGCUAUCACGAUGUGCCGGCAGGGCGGCUACUAUGAGCAGGCGGCAUAUCUGGCCAAGAAACACGGGGAGCACGACCUGGUGGUGGACAUUCUGAUCGAGGAUUCCAAGGCCUACGACGAAGCUCUCGACUACAUCUGGCGCUUGGAUCCAGAUACGGCCUACUCCUGUCUCAUGAAAUAUGCCCGAGUCCUCAUCGAACAUUGCCCAACGGACGCAACCCAGUUGUUUAUCGACUACUACACCGGGAAGUUCUGCCCUAGAACAGAUGCCCCAACCGCGAGCACCCAGCCUACAGCAAACGGCGGAUUCGUGGCCGGGGCCGCGACUGCGGUCCAGAAUCUCGGCCACUUACUCCCGCUGCCAUAUAUGAAUCCGUCCUCGGUGACAAGCCAACAGCAAGCCAACGGCAAACCAACUGCUGGCGAGGAGGCGGUCAAGCAAGAGGUAGCGGCACCAAAAUACAGCCCGCCACGCCCACGAACAGCCUUCUCCUCUUUCAUCGACCACCCAGACGAGUUCAUCGUCUUUCUCGAAGCAUGCCUCGGCGACGCGGGCCUUUCAGAAGCCGACAGGAAAGACAUUUGUACCACGCUCUUCGAAAUGUACCUCCACAAAUCCAACGAAAAGAAAGGCGACGACCAGCACCGCGAGGAGUGGGAACAACGUGCGAAAGCCCUCAUCGACAGCAAGGCGGCCGGCACCACGGCCGCUGCCGCCGCCAGCAAACCACCGAUUGAAAAUUCCAACGUCCUCCUCCUCUCACACCUCUCCGACUUCCGCGACGGCACCACGCUCGUCAAGGAACAAUCGGGCCUCCUCUUCGACAUCUUCCGCUCCUACACGUCGGCCAAAGACACGCGCGGCGCGCUCAAGGCGCUGCGCAAGUACGGCCCGGAGGAGCCGCAGCUGUACCCGGCGGCGCUGGCGUACCUGACGUCGGACGCGCGGGUGCUGGAGGAGGCCGGGCCGGCGGAGCUGGCGGCGGUGCUGGAGCGCAUCGAGCGCGACGGCCUGCUGGCGCCGCUGCAGGUGGUGCAGGCGCUCGCGCAGGGCGGCGGCGUCGCGCGCAUGGGCAUGCUCAAGCCCUACCUCGCGCGCCGCAUCGAGCGCGAGCGCCGCGAGAUCGCCGAGAACCGCCGCCUCGCCGCCCAGUUCCGCGCCGAGACCGACGCCCGCCGCGCCGAGAUCGCCGACUUGGCCUCCAAGCCCGCCGUCUUCCAGGCCACCCGCUGCGCCGUCUGCCUCGGCGCCCCCGAGCUGCCCAUGGUGCACUUCCUGUGCAAGCACUCGUUUCAUCAGCGGUGCUUGAGGGGCGGUGCGGGGCUUGGCGGCGGGGGAGGUGCUGGUGGGGAGGCCGGUGGUGGUGGUGGUGGUGGUGGUGGUGGGGAGGAAUGUCCGGUCUGCGCGAGGGAUAACGCGACGAUCCGGGCGCUCAAGAAGAGCCAGGAGGAGAAUGCGGAGCGGCACGAGUUGUUUAAGGAUGAUUUGGAGAGAAGUGAGGACCGGUUCAAGACCAUCGCGGAGUGGUUUGGCCGCGGGGUCAUGAGCGCGCCGACCGUGGAGUAA